AUGAGAUUUCGAUUAGGACAAGAUGGCGUGAUGCUUCGAGAUUGUACAGCUGACUAUUUAAUUGAAUUGUUGAAAGAACGAACAAAUAUGAACAUGUUCCCUCGAACAUUCAUUCAUAUUGAACGCCUCAUUGAGGAAGAAAUCAAUCGCGUACAAUUGGAACUAUUUCAAUUCAGUUUUUCAAUUGAAAAACAAGAUUUACCAGAACCAAAAGGACAAGUGGUUGUAGUUCAAGAGAAGGUCUACAUACCAAUAAAAGAAUAUCCUGAUUAUAAUUUUGUGGGUCGCAUUUUGGGUCCACGAGGAAUGACCGCGAAACAACUAGAAAUGGAAACUGGGUGUCGAAUAAUGGUAAGGGGACGCGGUUCAAUGCGAGAUACUGAACGAGAACAACGAAAUCGAGGUAAACCAAAUUGGGAACACUUGGAUGAUGAACUACACGUACUUAUACAGUGCGAAGACGCUUCAAAUCGUGCACAAUUGAAAUUGGAUUCUGCUAUUAAACAAAUCAAAAAACUUCUCGUACCAGCGGUUUGA